AUUAAUUGAAUAUUUACAAUUUUUUUCACAAUAACAAAUGGCUUGGAGUAGUAAACCUGUGGAAUUUGCAUGUCAGCGAUGCUUGCAGCCUCUGGUUUGUAACACUUUGGCACUCACGGAGUACGAGACAGCAGAGUUAACAUUGCCCAUAAUUUCGAGUACAGAGGAAGAUAUCACAGCAAAUGCGGAGGAUUUUGAUCAUUUUGUGCCCAAAUUCUCCCUUUCCAACAAUGAUUUUAUGCUUAUAUCGGAAGAUAGCACCCAUGGACCCAAGCAACAGCCCGUGCUGAGUCACAGUUUGAAGAUGCGGGCCCAGAUAUUCGAAGCACUUUCAAACAAUUCCGAGAUCGAUCAUCCGCUUUGUGAGGAGUGUACUGACAGUCUUUUAGAGUUAAUGGACAAACAAUUAAAAGAUGCAGAGGCGGAAUGGAACGACUACAACCAUUAUUUGAAGCGUCUCGAGCAAACUGAUGAAGUGCCGAACUUGUCAAAGCUCGAAAAGGAGCUCAGCGACCUCAAAGGCGAAGAAGAAAGACUGAUCGAGGAGCUGGCGGCACUCAAAAAGGAAAGCGACGUCUUAAAAACGGCGAUAAAACAGCAAGAAACCGAAACGGAUCGCUUGCAGGCCGAAGAACAAAAAUAUUGGCGCGAAUAUACGAAGCAACGACGCGAUCUCAUGUUGGCUGACGACGAGAAAAAAAGUCUCGACUGUCAAAUAAUGUACGCCCAGCAUCACUUGGAGAAGCUAAAAAAGACAAAUAUCUUCCAAACUACGUUCCACAUUUGGCAAUCCGGGCAAUUUGGGACCAUUAAUGGGUUUCGCCUUGGGAGACUUCCAGCAGUUCCCGUCGAAUUUAACGAAAUUAACGCGGCAUGGGGACAAACGGCGCUGCUGCUUGCGUCGCUGGCGAAAAAAAUCGGGCUAAAAUUUAGCAGAUACAAUUUAGUUCCUUACGGAAAUCAUUCCUACAUUGAAGUGCUGAGUGAUAAAGAGUCGGAGAAGGGAAAGCAGCUGCCGUUGUACGGGAGUGGCGCCUUUCGUUUUUUGUGGGACACGAAAUUCGAUGCGGCAAUGGUUGCGUUUCUCGAUUGUUUGCAACAAUUUCAGGCGAAAGUCGAGGAAGGCAAUUCUGGGUUUCAUUUGCCUUAUAAAAUGGACAAAGGCAAGAUUGAGGAUUCGGGGAGCUCGUAUUCCGUCAAAAUCCAAUUCAACUCUGAAGAACAAUGGACAAAAGCGAUGAAAUUUUUGCUAACAAAUCUCCGAUGGGGCCUCGCUUGGAUCUCGUCUCAGAUGAACGAAGGAAAUUUGCCUCAAGGAACCACAAGCGCCGAAGUUCGUUAAAAAUUUAAUUUUUAAGAACUCCUUUUUUAGCUAGAAUUAAAUUCUGUUGAUAUUUACUAAAUAAAAAAUGC